UCUUAAUAUCCCACUUCUUCUCUUUCUGUCCCACAAGCCAUAGAAUUAUUAUGCUAAUAUUUCCAAUGGCUGUUUUUCGCUCACUAGCGUUUCUUCUUCUUCCCUUUCUACUUCUCUAUUAUUGUGCUAAUGGCUACACAUUGGAUGAAGUGAAACCAUGGUGCAGCCAAACCCCAAACCCUCAACCAUGUGAGUACUACUUCUUGACCUCCAAAACUUACAAUAAUAAACCCAUCAAGCAAAAUUCAGAUUUCUUCAAACUUUCAGUCAACGUUGCUCUGGAUAGGGCUAAAAAGGGCUUAACCAAGACUCGUUCGCUUGGUCCCAAGUGUAGAAAUGCACGUGAGAAAGCUGCUUGGUCAGAUUGCCUUGAGCUCUAUGAGCUCACAAUCAACAGGAUCAUCAAAACCAUUAAUCCUAAUGCUGCAGAAUGUACCCAAGUCGAUGCUCAGACAUGGCUCAGCACAGCUUUGACCAACCUUGAAACUUGCAUGUUUGGGUUUUAUGACCUUGGAGUUACAGAAUAUGUUCUGCCUUUGAUGUCCGACAAUGUUACUCAGUUGCUAAGUAAUGCCUUGUCUCUUAACAAGGUUCCAUACUCUGCACCGAGUUUCAACGACGAUGGUUUCCCGUCGUGGGUUAAGCCACAUGACCGGAAACUAUUGCAGGCGGCGGCUUCUCCGGCUUCUCAAGCGAAUGUCGUGGUGGCAACAGACGGUUCAGGGAAUUACAAAACCGUGAAGGAGGCAGUAAAUGCUGCACCAAAGAGUAACAAGGGAAGGUAUGUCAUACAUGUGAAAGCUGGAGUGUACAAUGAACAAGUUGAGGUAACAGGAAAUAAUAUUAUGUUGGUUGGAGAUGGUAUUAGGAAAACUAUCAUCACGGGUAGCAAAAGUGUUGGAGGAGGUACCACAACCUUCCGUUCAGCCACAGUUGCUGCUGUUGGAGAUGGAUUUAUUGCCCGAGACAUCACAUUUAGAAAUACAGCUGGACCAUCAAACCACCAAGCAGUGGCAUUCAGAUCAGGAUCAGAUCUCUCAGUGUUUUAUCGAUGCAGCUUUGAGGGAUAUCAAGACACACUCUAUGUCCAUUCCGAGAGACAAUUCUAUAGAGAAUGUGAUAUUUAUGGCACAGUUGACUUCAUCUUUGGUAACGCAGCUGUUAUUUUGCAAAACUGCAAUCUCUAUGCAAGAACUCCUCCUCAAAAGACCAUCACAUUCACAGCUCAAGGUCGAACCGAUCCGAAUCAAAACUCUGGCAUUAUCAUUCACAAUUCUAAGGUUAUAGGUUCAUCGGACUUCAACUCUAACAACGUUAAGGCGUACCUUGGAAGGCCAUGGAAGAAGUAUUCUAGGACGGUUUUCAUAAAGUGUUCUCUUGGAAGUUUGAUUGACCCAGCAGGGUGGAUGCAGUGGAGUGGUAAUUUUGCUUUGGACACAUUGUAUUAUGCUGAGUAUGCAAACACAGGAUCUGGUUCUUCCACUGCAAAUAGGGUGAAGUGGAAGGGUUACCGAGUGAUUGGUGCUUCUGAGGCCUCACAGUUCACUGUUAAUCGCUUUCUUUCUGGAAGUUCAUGGUUACCAGCCACUGGUGUGCCUUUCACUGCUGGUCUUUGAAUUUCUCAUUCUUAAUUAUGACUGUUAAUAAUUGUAAAGAAAAAGGGAAAAUAGGAAAAAAAAAAAAAAACCACAAAGAUGAAGUGUCUGUUGAAGUUGUUUGAAUAUCUUAUUGUUGAAAAAUAACUCUAUGAUGUCGAAAAAUUCAAAGGAAAGCAUAUAUUUCGGGACUCUUGUAGUUCGUAUCAAUUUUUAAUUUAAUUCUUAUAGUUUUAUUAUUUGUUGGAA